UUUACUUCAGUCGGCAAGCCGAGCAAGCUCUACAUGGUAUAUUAUAUGCGAGAGGUAUGUGCUGUGCAUUUGAAUACAGCGUUUCGUAUACAAGAAGACGUGUCGAAAUAAUUAAAUAUAUCUAAGGCGUUUAUCAGAUCUGUCGGGAUUUUACAUUGGACCUGCAUGCUGUGUAAGAUUCAUCUAUUGUCCUUGGAUUGCGAUCUCCAUUUUGGAUACAUUUUCAUGAAGAAUGGAAUAAUGGCACAGAUGUAUGAAUGACGUCAGAUGUAGCUAUUUUUUUAAUCGCAAUGGUAAUUCUGGAAUGAGUGGUUGCUGACACUGCAGUGCAUUGGAUUACAUACAUACAUGGUACUUCUGCAGCUAUGAUUUGUUCAAACCGAAGACAUCCUGUGGGAGUUUGUUUUCUCUUUGUGUUGCUGUCUUGCCUUUGGAAUCUUGUUUUGGGGCAACUUAUUUACUCUAUUGCGGAGGAAUCAGAAGAGGGGAGCUUUGUUGGAAACAUAGCUAAGGACCUGAAUCUAGGUGUCCAAGAAUUGGCAGCUCGCAGGUUUCGGAUUGUCUCGGGGUCCCAGAAACAGUAUUUUGAGGUAAAUUUAAAUAACGGAAUUCUGUUUGUUAAUGAAAGAAUAAACAGAGAGGAACUUUGUCAUAACGCUCUCACUUGCUCUGUAAAUUUAGAAGCUAUUCUGAACAAUCCAUUAAAAUUAUACCGUGUGGGAAUUAAUAUCUUAGAUGUCAAUGACAAUUCACCGGUGUUCCCUAUUAGUUCUAUAUACUUAAAUGUUGUUGAGCAGCUCACUGUUCCAGGGGCUCGGUUUCCUUUGGAGAGUGCUUAUGACGCAGAUGUGGGCACGAAUUCGCUAAAUAAAUAUGAACUCAGUUCUAACAAUUAUUUUAUUUUAGAUGUACAAACAAACGAUGACCAGAGUAUAUCUGUCGAGUUAGUGCUGCAGAAAGCUUUAGACCGAGAGACGCAGCCUUUGGUUGAACUUGUGCUGACAGCUGUCGAUGGUGGAAACCCACCGAAAUCUGGAACCGCAAUGAUUUUUGUCAAAGUGCUAGAUGCCAAUGACAACGCUCCCGUUUUCAGUAGCUCGGUGUAUAAAGUGAGGGUGUUUGAAAAUGUGCCACAUGGGACUGCAAUAAUACAACUAAAUGCAACAGACCCGGAUGAAGGCUUAAAUGGCGAAAUUCUUUAUUCUUUUGGUAACCGUGGCCUCAAAACCAUUGCAGAUAUGUUCGACAUAGAUUCUAGCACUGGUGAAAUUCGUGUUAAGGGUGACCUAGAUUUUGAAGGAACGAAUGUUUUUGAAAUUCGUGUACAAGCUCAGGACAAAGGCCAGGUGGCAAUGACCGGUCAUUGUAAAGUGUUGGUUGAGGUUAUGGAUCUUAAUGACAACCCUCCUGAAAUAACAGUGACAUCUCUGCUAAGCCCCGUCCAGGAGGACGCUAAAAUUGGCACUGUGAUCGCGCUAAUCAGUGUUUCAGACAAAGAUGGUGGCAAAAAUGGAAACGUAAAUUGCCAAAUUAUUGAGACAGCCCCUUUUAAAUUACUUAAAUCAUUUCAGAAUUAUUAUUAUUUAAUGCUAGAGGGAGUUCUGGACCGUGAACGUGUAUCUGAGUACAAUGUGACGAUUACAGCGACAGAUGAAGGGUCGCCACCACUUUCCCUCAUCCAAAUUAUCACUGUUCAAGUUUCAGAUGUCAACGACAACGCACCGUUUUUCCCACAGUCUGUUGUGACGGUCUAUCAAAAGGAAAAUACUCCAACUGGAUCUAUUCUGCUUACUGUAAAUGCAUCAGAUCCCGAUUUAGAUAGAAACGCUAUAGUAACAUACUCUCUAUUAGAAAGUGCGAUCCAUGGCGUACCCCUUUCUACUUUUAUUAACGUGGACUCUGUCAGUGGUAAUGUCUAUAGCAUGCAUUCUUUUAAUUAUGAAGAACUAAAAGUAUUCCAGUUCCACGUCCAAGCUGAUGAUUCUGGGGACCCUCAGCUCACAAGCAACGUCACUGUGAACGUAUUUAUUCUUGAUGAGAACGACAACUGUCCGGUCAUUCUUACGCCACAUUUCAAUGUCGGUCUCACUGAGGGCAUUCCACACUCUGCCGAUGUUGGAUAUUUUGUGGCCAAGGUACGGGCGUUCGAUCCUGAUUCUGGAUACAAUGCGUGGCUUUCUUACCACAUUGUGGAACCAAAAGGAACCGAUCUAUUCAGCAUUAGUCUAAACACAGGUGAAAUUAGAACAAAACGACACCUCGAGGAUAAUGACUCCAAUCAACAAGAUGUGGUCAUUUUAGUUCAGGACCACGGAGAGCCACCGUUAUCAGCCACUGUGACCUUGACUAUAUUGGUUAUCGACAGCACUCAAGAAGAACAUUCACAAUUGAAGCAAACACCCCAAAAAGAAGAUCAUUUCACUAAUUUAAAUCUGUAUUUAGUUAUUUCCAUUGCUUCUAUAUCAAUUAUAUUUGUAUUGGCUCUUCUUGUUUUCAUCGUCAUUAAAUGUCACCGGACUGAUGACAAUCAUUUCAAUAGGUAUAGCACGCCUAUGAUUACAUCAAACCCCGAUGGAAGCUGGGCCUACUCUAAAACCCAGCACUACGACGUGUGUUUAACUUCGGAGACAUCUAAGAGUGACUUUUUGGUUUUUAACGCGCCUUUUCCACGUACAAAUGGAGAACUUAUUAUGGAUAACCGAACAGACUCGUGUAACAGGACUCUUUCGACUCGAAAAGACAUCGAGCCCAGGCAACCAAAUACAGACUGGCGCUAUUCUGCAUCUUUGAGAGCAGGAAUGCAAAGCUCUGUGCUUAUGGAAGAAUCAGCAGUUUUGCAAGGUGCACCUGUGGUACAUGUACAGAACUGGCCUACAGUCUCCAGUGCAACACCUGAGCCUGAUGCUGGAGAGGUGUCCCCUCCCGUUGGAGCUGGAAUAAACAGCAACAGCUGGACCUUUAAGUAUGGACCUGGAAACCACCACCAGCAGCAGCAGCAGCAGCAGCAGCUGCUGAAACCAGGAGAGGUCCCGGAAAACUUCAUCAUCCCCGGCUCCCCUGCCAUCAUCUCUAUCCGACAGGACCAGGCUGGGGCUGUGGACGGCAAGGGCGACUUCAUCACCUUUGGAAAGAAGGAGGAGACCAAAAAGAAAAAGAAGAAGAAGAAGGGGAAAGCUGAUAAGAAAGAGAAAGGGGGUGGAAACAACGACAAUAGCGACCAUUAAAAGAGGGGUCUUUUAAAACAGAGUUACCAAUUCUAACAAAGAGAGCUCCCUGCUUUUCACUGAAAUUAUAUUCAACCACACCCCCAGCCACCUUUCACAACCCCCAGAACCAACUGUUAUAACCCUUGUCAACCUAUGUAAUCUACUGACAUCUGGUGGAAAAGCCAUAUACUUUUAUUAACCUGAUACUUUCCCAAAACUGAUUUGUAUAUAACUGCAUUCAGUUUCAGUAACAUUUUCUGAGAAAAAAGUAAGAUAUGUUCUGAAGCUUUGUAAAUAUGUGCUUCUUCCGAAGUCUUAUAAUGCCUACCAGUGGUUUCCACUGAGCUGUACAUGAGUGGAUUUUACUGUGGUCAGCAGAUAUGUCUUUACGCUGGAUGAGCAGAACUGUAGUUCCAAAAUCAAAUGUUAAAAUAUCACAACGAUGCAUAGAAUUAUACAUUGGCACACUAUUGCAGUUUUCAUGAAAUUCAGAAAAGAACAUCGCUGUGAAAUACUGGUUUCAGUUCAGUUGCACUCCCAGCUAAAUACUGGCUGCAGAUUCUAUUUUAGUUGUCCGUAGUAACCUUGAGGAGUGAAGUUAACAUAGCAUUGCCCAACGUGUUUUACCAGCGAACAUGGAGUUUAAGGGAGGCUCUCCUUAGAAAGAAGUUGGCAUCUCUGUCUUAAUGGUUCCAAUGUUUCAUUAUGGGAUCUGAUCAGAUUGGCAAAAAAAAGUUAAACGAGCAGGCUUCACGUGCACUUGCAUUUCAAUAAGAAAUGUGCAAUGCUUAUACAUUUUGCAACCUGAGAUAAUGCAGGUCUUUCAGCUUGAUGGUGGCCUAAGAAGGUAAAAACAGCAGUAUUCAGGAUGGACAGAAAUGUAUCUGCAUGAUUUACACAGAAAAUAUGUCCUGUUGCUGUAAUAUUUGCAGAGGCCAAAUGCUUGGAAUACUUUUUUUUUUUUUUAAUGUGCCCAAAUGCAGUAUAAAGCUACGGACACUGAAUACAGCCAAGCCUGGAAACACAGCUUUUACCUAUUUUUUCCAGCACACUAUAAUCCUGAUAAAUUGUAUUUCUAACCCAGUUUGAAUGUGUGUCUGUCUAAUGUUACCACCAUAUUUCUAAAUUCCCUUCACCAAUGUUUGGGGAAGUAUGGGAAAAAAAAUAUAUAUACUAAAGAGAUUUGUACCCAAACGAAAGAAAACAUGAAUUUGCUUAUCAUGGUUGAAAAUGAUUCAAUGCAUCAUUUUGUAUGGGUCACGUUAUAUAAAAGAAUGUUGCCAGCUGUUUUCUAGACAAACUUGAUACCCAUGCUUUGCUCAGAAUGUUUCUACAUCAUAUAAGGCUUUGCUUUAGAAAUCCAGUCUCCUGAGUUAACAACUCUUUGCCUUCUGGCUGUGUACAUGUGGAGGCUUAAAUUAGGCUUUCUUAACUGCCCAACAUUUUUCUUCAAAGAUCCCAAUAUUUGUUUUUGGGAAUAUGAUUUUGGCAAUCAUAAAAACAAAUUAUUGCAAUGCUUAAAUUUUAUCCAAGCUUUAACAUGACUGUACUGUUAGGCCCUAUUUCUGUCUUUGACAUUUUAAGGAUUGAGUUUAUUUUCCACUGUCCAAACUCCAAACCUUCCAUGCUAAGUACAUGAAUGUCAUAUUAAAGAUUUUACUCAAAGACCCAUAACUAAGUUAUAGGUUAAUGGAUCUGCUGAAAAUAUAUAUUCAGCUCAAACUCCAUACAAACAUGAGCUUUUUUCCUCUUCCCAAGGUGAGAUUUUGGCUGUUCACUGUAAUGUAGAAAAAAACAAACAAAAAAGAAAAACAGAAUUUAGUCUAGAGUUUGGUUACAUAAUAGAUGUUAUCAUUAAAUUUAAAAUGAUAUUUAUGAAACGGCUGGAAAGUAAGGGGACCCAGAACGUUUUUAUUUUAUAUUAUGUUCCCUUUCAACCCACCACUACAGUAUGACCAUACCUGGUGGGGGAGUAUUAUUGCUACUAGCAGAUUGCUUUUCAGAGUCCACAGCCACCUGCCAAUCACCGCUCAGUACUAUCAGAUCACUAAGUGGCUGUUGCAUGUAUUAACAAGAACAGAUACACUUCAAUAUUGUUUCUUUUACCUUCAAUUAUCACAGUUGAGAUGAAAGCAUUUUUUUUCUGCUGAACUACUUAAACAGUUAUACACCGAAUAAGAUUUACAAACUUUUAUGUUUCUCAAACUGACUCUCUUAACCUUAUAGCUCUAUGUAAAUCUGUAGUGUAUGCUCUAAAAUGCAAUCUCUUUUUGUGCUAGGCUUAUAAACGCUGACCUUACUAACACUGUUAUGUGACAUUGAAUAAUGUAUGCUCCUAUGAAAAGAUAACCCCCUGAAAUAUAUGUAUUCUAUGCUAGUGUAUGUGAAUGCCCAUGCGCCCGUCCUUUGUUGGUGUAUUUAACCAUAGACGGCACUAAACUGUUGACUGUGACAGUGCAACGCUACUAUAUAAUCUUAUUUUGUACACUUACUCAUCAGUGUAACAGUGAUUUAGUGAUUUUUUUGUAUUGAAACUGGUAAUGUGUUUUGUUUAUAAAUCACAAAUAAAUUUUCUUUCUUAAA